GACACCAUAGAAAAUGUCAAAGCCAAGAUCCAAGAUAAGGAGGGAAUCCCACCAGAUCAACAACGUUUGAUCUUCGCCGGCAAGCAGUUGGAGGACGGACGCACCCUGUCCGACUACAACAUCCAGAAGGAAUCAACCCUCCACUUAGUCCUUCGCUUGCGUGGUGGUAUGCAAAUUUUCGUGAAGACCCUCACCGGCAAAACCAUUACCUUGGAAGUAGAGCCCUCAGAUACCAUUGAGAACGUUAAGGCUAAGAUCCAAGAUAAGGAGGGAAUUCCACCAGAUCAACAACGUUUGAUCUUCGCCGGUAAGCAAUUGGAGGACGGACGCACCCUGUCCGACUACAACAUCCAGAAGGAAUCAACCCUCCACUUAGUCCUUCGCUUGCGUGGUGGUAUGCAAAUUUUCGUGAAGACCCUCACCGGCAAAACCAUUACUUUGGAAGUUGAGCCAUCGGACACAAUUGAGAAUGUAA